GCACGUUAGAUUGUUCUGGAAAGCCGGCCCUCCUUUCUUGCACGGCGAGGCGUGCUAGGGAACCACGAGCUGAUUCAUUGUGAGCUGGAAUCCACCGUCCUGUGAGCGAUCCGCCGCCGCCAUGUCCGCCGUUAAAGCACUUAAUCCCAAGGCCGAGGUAGCCCGAGCACAGGCCGCCCUGUCUGUCAACAUCAGCGCCGCUCGGGGGCUGCAGGACGUGCUGCGUACCAACCUGGGGCCUAAAGGCACCAUGAAAAUGCUGGUUUCUGGUGCUGGAGACAUCAAGCUUACCAAAGAUGGCAAUGUAUUACUUCAUGAAAUGCAAAUUCAACAUCCGACAGCCUCUCUGAUUGCUAAAGUAGCCACCGCCCAGGAUGAUAUUACUGGUGAUGGAACAACGUCCAAUGUCCUGAUCAUUGGAGAGCUUUUGAAGCAAGCGGAUCUGUACAUUUCAGAGGGUCUUCAUCCGAGAAUUGUGACUGAAGGAUUUGAGGCAGCAAAAGUAAAAGCACUUCAAGUAUUGGAACAAGUUAAAGUGUCCAAGGAAAUGGACAGAGAAACCCUCAUUCAUGUGGCACGAACUUCAUUGAGAACAAAAGUUCAUGCUGAGCUUGCUGAUGUUUUGACAGAGGCUGUUGUGGACUCUGUUUUGGCAAUAAGACAAUCUAAUGAACCCAUUGACCUGAACAUGGUUGAAAUUAUGGAGAUGAAGCACAAAACAGAAAGUGACACAACGUUGAUUAGAGGCCUUGUCCUUGAUCAUGGAGCUCGUCACCCGGAUAUGAAGAAAAGAGUUGAAGAUGCAUUUAUUCUCACAUGUAACGUUUCCUUGGAGUAUGAAAAAACAGAGGUAAACUCUGGAUUCUUCUACAAAAGUGCACAAGAGCGUGAAAAACUGGUUAAAGCAGAAAGGACAUUUAUUGAAGAGAGGGUAAAAAAAAUUGUAGCCCUAAAACAAAAUGUGUGUGGAGAUACAGGCAAAAGCUUUGUUGUGAUUAAUCAAAAGGGAAUAGACCCAUAUUCCUUGGAUGCCCUUGCCAAGGAAGGAAUUGUAGCACUUCGUAGAGCUAAGAGAAGAAAUAUGGAAAGGUUAACAUUGGCUUGUGGUGGCAGUGCUAUGAACUCUGUGGACGACCUCACUCCUGAAUGCUUAGGACAUGCAGGUCUUGUCUAUGAAUUCACAAUGGGUGAAGAAAAGUUCACAUUUGUUGAGCAGUGUGACAACCCACGCUCCGUGACACUGCUUGUGAAGGGGCCAAAUAAGCACACACUAACACAAAUUAAAGAUGCUAUAAGAGAUGGGCUCCGGGCUGUCAAAAAUGCCAUUGAAGAUGGUUCAGUCGUAGCAGGUGCAGGAGCACUAGAAGUGGCAAUAGCUGAUGCUCUUGUCAAGCACAAGACCAGUAUAAAGGGGAGAGCCCAGCUUGGUGUGCAGGCUUUUGCUGAUGCUCUCCUUAUCAUUCCUAAGGUUCUUGCCCAAAAUUCUGGCUAUGACCCUCAAGAGACAUUAGUAAAACUGCAGACUGAAUAUACAGAAUCAGGACAACUUGUUGGUGUAGAUCUCAACACAGGUGAACCAAUGGUUUCUGCAGAAGCAGGUGUCUGGGACAACUAUAAUGUUAAGAAGCAGCUUCUCCAUUCCUGCACUGUGAUCGCAAGCAAUAUUCUCCUGGUGGAUGAGAUCAUGAGAGCAGGAAUGUCUUCUUUGAAAGGAUAAACCUAGGACCUACCAUACAUGCAUUCAAUUGCUGCUUCUUUUGAUUUACUAAAUAUAUGGUUCCAACAAAACAGUCACUUACUUGUCACUUAAAACUGUAAAACAAUAGCACCUAUUGAAUCCCA